AUGAAGCUGCCGAAGCAGCCCCCACCGCCGCCGUCGCUGCUCGACGUAGAGCUCGUUCGCGCAGUGCGGCGUGCUGUGGGGUCUGCGCCACGGCCUGCCGACUACGUGGAGGCACUGCAGCUAUUCACUGAGCCGCUGUCCGCCAUCCCACUGCCCGUGCAGUGCGACGUUGAUACGGCGCAGGCCUUCCGCGACGCGUCACGCGAGGAGAUUAUGCUCAACGGGGUGCGCUUCGUGGGGGACCACCGGAUCGAGGCAUUUGUAGCAGCCGUCAAGCGAAUUGUGAGCGCACAUGUGGGCGGCGAGGAGCACCCAGACCGUGCUCUAUUAGUAGCCGACCGUGUCAUGCGUAGCUGCAGCCGGACGCUUAGCGGUGCAGACUCGUUCUUCGCCGUGCAUGAACUCUUCGCAUCACCCGAUGUGCUGCUUAUCUCUUCCAUUCUUGCUGUUUACUGCGAUCACGUUGGACGACCAACGCCGUGCAUUGCUUGCCGUGCUCUCUGGGCUGGACCUGACAAGAUCAAGCCGCGGGGAGGAGAACCUCCUAUUCCGCUGGACGUGAUUCUCGGCCGGGACUUUGAAGACCACCGCUUCAAGUGCCGCAUCAAGUGCGUUAACCUCUUCGGGCUCUACUCGAACGAGGACAUUGAGCUGCUCCUACGCAGCGAUCGCGAGGACCUCGACGCGCCGCUUGUGGCGCUUGAUGCCGUCGUCGUGGAGCGCAUCGACCUCACUGCCGACAAGUCCUCGCGGAGGCUGACGAUCUGCUCGCCUGACAGCAACAAAACGCCCACCAAGUUCGACCUGGAGCUCCGAGAACUCUUCUAG